AUCUCUUUAAUUUCACAGGUUGAAGUUGUCGGAUCUGUUUCCGCAGGCUUAGAUGCUGCCUGCUGGAGCCCUGACCAGGAACUCCUCGUCCUAGUGACUCGGGAAUCCAGUGUUGUUAUGAUGACAGCAGAGUUUGAUCCUCUUAUUGAAUUUCCACUUAAUCAUGAUGGUUUUGGUGAGAGUGAGUUUAUAAACAUUGGAUGGGGGAAGAAGGAGACGCAGUUUCAUGGCCAGCAAGGCAAAGCUGCAGCAAAGAGCGCAAAGAGCACAGUCGUUCCUGUAUCAGAACUGGAUGACCUCAUACCUCGGAUCAGCUGGCGUGGAGAUGGGGAAAUGUUUGCAGUCAGUUAUGUUACUAACGAAAGCAAGUGCCGCAGGAUAAGAGUGAUAAACAAUGAAGGCGUUUUGCAAUAUACAAGUGAAGAAACUUCUGGCCUUGAACAAGCACUGUCCUGGAAGCCAUCAGGUAGCUUAAUUGCCUCUUCCCAGAGGUUCCCAAACAAGCACGAUAUUGUGUUUUUUGAGAAAAAUGGUCUCCGACAUGGAGAAUUUUCUCUGCCAUUCAAGCCAUCAGAAGUGCUUGUAAAGGAAGUCCUGUGGAACCAAGAUUCCACUGUGUUGAUAGUCUGGCUAGAGAAGCUUGAAAACAAUGCAGUAACAUCCAGCAUUAUCCAGCUUUGGACUACAGGAAAUUAUCACUGGUAUUUAAAGCAAGAGCUCAGAUAUAAUGAGAAGAUCUGUCACAUAUGUUGGGAUUAUGAGACUCCUCUCAUACUACACCUCCUAACUGCUACUCAGUAUUAUUGCUACCGCUGGUCUUUUCACACUGAUGUAUCUCAAGGACUAGGUGUCUCGGAUCUGGCCCAGGUUGGAGUGAUUGAUGGAACCAAGUUGAAAAUGACCCCAUUCAGGCAGGCUGUAGUACCUCCACCGAUGUCUGCAUAUGUGAUCACUUUCCAGGAAUGCAUCCAGGCAGUGAUGUUUGCCCCGUCAGUUGUCAGGAAAUGUGAGGCCUCGCCAGACAGCUCCCUGUGUGUUGAGGACUCGGGUUUCCUUGAGGCAUUUGACCCUCCAGGUUGUAACAGCAACAACUUGUGCGUUGUUCAUGGGUCAGGCAUCCUUACUUUUCUGACGCAGGCUCAUGCUAGUGAAAAUCUAGACGAUCAAGGGUGUGGGGUACAAGUUACUGGAGCAGGAGGUAAUGGGUUUACUGUCAAAGUAAAAGUUCACAGAGUAUUUGCUCAACAUCAGAUAGAAUGGGAAUCUCAGCCUAAACCCAGUGAGUCCACUUUGCUCUAUAAUUGGCUAUGGGUAUCCAAAAGUACUAUGAUAGCAUUUUAUAAAGAAGAGAUUAGUUUUUUGGCUGUGAUUGAUUUACAGUCAUUAGGGUCAGAAGCAGGCAGAACAGUUGUGAGAACUGUUUUACCUCUGGAGGAUAAAGUUCUUAGUGUUGCUUCUGCUCCAGAUGGUUCCAUGGUAGUCUUACAAUUAGCUUCUGGAGCUCUUGUAAAAGCUGAUCUUGGGUUACAGAAAGUAGAGCCGUAUGAGGUAGAUGGACAUGAAGUGCAGUUUCCAACUGUGUGUCAGAAAUUAGCAGUAUGCCCAAUUAAUGAAGGAACAGAUAUUGCUGUUUUGGGUUUGACGCGUAGAAGUCGUCUGUAUUGGGGUGACAAGCAACUUCUUCCUAAUUGUACUUCUUUCCAUAUUCAUAAUAGUCAUUUGCUUGUAACUACUUCCAGUCACUUACUUCUUAUAAUUCCUUUGAUGCAAAAAGCUUUUGAAAAACUGCUGGAGGGGAAGAUUGAGGGUUCCUGGGCAGUGAGCACACGUAAAGUAGAAAGAGGUUCCCAGUUAGUCACUGCAGUGCCCCUGGAUAUGAGGGUUGUCCUUCAGAUGCCACGUGGUAACCUGGAAGUUAUAAGUCCAAGACCUUUAGCAGUCCAUCUGAUAAAACGCCUCUUAACUGAACACAAUUACCAUCAGGCAAUUGACAUCAUGCGGAAACAACGUGUCGAUCUGAAUCUUUUAUAUGAUCACAAUCCUGAGGAUUUCUUCAAGCACGCCAUUCAUUUUGUGCAAAAUAUUGACAAUGCUCACUGGCUGGAUUUGUUUAUAGCAAACUUAAGUGAAGUUGAUGUGACAAACACAAUGUAUUCCUUUAAUUACAGCGAACAACGGACCAAGAAGUCAUACCCUCAGAGCAACAAGAUUGAUGCAGUAUGCACAGCAGUAAGGGAAGCAAUGAUGAAAGUAAACCAGGAGAAGUUCCUCCUGCCAAUUCUGACCUCCUAUGUUAAAAUGACCAAGAGUCAGAUGGACGUUGCUCUAAGGAGGGUCCAAGAACUGAAAGACACAAAGGAUAACAAGCAUAUAGUUUCAGCUGAAGAAGGACUCAGACAUUUAUUGUACAUAGCUGAUGUUAAUGAACUUUUUGAUGUUGCACUUGGGACAUAUGACUUUGAUUUAGUUAUGAUGGUGGCAGAAAAAUCACAGAAGGACCCCAAGGAAUAUCUGCCAUUUUUAAAUGAACUUAAGAAAUUGGAAGAAGAUUAUAUGAAGUUCAAGAUAAAUGUGCAUCUCCGAAGGUUCAGAAAAGCUCUUGAGUGUAUAAGUCAUGGCAGAGAUCAUAUGGAAGAAUGUAUGAAUCUCAUUGUGUCAGAAAAUCUGUAUAGAGAUGCUUUGCAGAUAUUUGCAAAUAACCAUGAUAUGCACUAUGCAGUAUGUGAAAGUUAUGCUAGUUACCUGAUGUCAAGACAGCAUUACAAUGAAGCAGGUAUGAUGUAUAUGCGUGCACAAAGGAUGGAAGAUGCCAUGAAUGCUUAUAAGAUGGCAGGAAACUGGAAGAUGGUAUUGGUUGUGGGAGCUAAAUUGAAACUUAACAAGGAAGAAAUGACUGAUUUAUGUUACGCAUUAGUUGAGAACCUGAUAGAUAAAAGACUAUAUGCAGAUGCUGCUUGGAUUUAUGAGGAUUAUAUGAAAAAUGAGGAGGAAGCUGUAGAUCUCCUGGUAAAGGCAAGUCAGUGGGAAGAUGCACUAAGAGUAGCCUACAGAUAUGGGCGGCCAGAUCUUGUUGACACUAAUAUCAAACCUGGAUGUAUAGAACAGGGUGAAACUUGUUUGCAUGAACUUGAUAGACUAAGGGACACCUUCACUCAUUAUUGCUCUCGUCUUGAGACUGCAAGAGAAGUGAAAGAAAAACAACAUCUUGAUAUUUUGGAAGGAAAGGGAGAAGCAAACCUUGAUAGUGACCUAUACUCAGAUACAAGCACAGUAACAGGCAUCUCAUACACCCAAAGCCACACCAUUGGAUCCCGUAGUGGUUCGUCCAUGUCAGGGAAAACCUUUCGAUCUAGUAAGAACAGAAAGAAACUGGAGCGCAAGAAAUAUAGCACCAAAGAGGGUAGUGCAUAUGAAGACCUUGGGUUAGUUGUUGCCUUAUAUGAGACCAUAACUACAGUAGACCAAAUGGCAACCUCAGUAACUGCUCUGGCCACAAUCCUCGUUACAUUUGGCAUGGAUCUCAAGGCCGCAGAGUUGCAAACAAAUUUCUCAGCUUUACUGGAUCUGAUUGAUAAAAACAAGAAAAAAAUUUGGCCUCCGGAUGUGCAGGCUGAUGAAGAUGAACCACUGUUCGGACCCCACUUUACAACUAAUGGGGCAGUCAACUUGUUUGAGAGAAAUGACCCAAGGCACAUUCCAUUUGCAGCACAGAGAAUGAAAGAGCUUGAGCCAUGCCAUCGCCAUCCUCCUCCCAUAACAAGGCCUAAGAAUUGGGCUUUGCAUCUGUUGAAGCAGGAGAAAUGAUUAAAACAGUAUUUUGCUUGAUUAAGACAUUGAGAAGUAGGGACUGGGAAUCUGAUGAUUCCUUAUUCCUUCCGAAAAUUUUUAUCAAAAUGAUGACAUUGCAAUUUCCAAAAUCAGAUUAUGUGUAUAUUGUGUUAUAGAAUAAGAAUUCAUGCUGUCUAAGAUAAAGGAAAGUGCAGGAGGAGGCACAAGUGAAGAGUAACAUUUAUUGUAAAUUAAUGCAAAUAUAUGAGAGGAUUAUUUCUAAGAAUCA